AGGGCCGAUUAGUACCGCCUGCCUACCCGACAGUAAACAGUAGACGCUGGUAAACACCGCCAACAACAACGAUGCCCGCAGCCGCAGCCGCAGCCGCAGCGGGGGAGAGGAGGGGAGGGGGGUGGCAAGCGCAAGCAUCACCACCGCAAUAACAACGACGACGGCACCAGCACCAACCACCACUUUUCGAGGGAAGGCACAGGCACAGGCAGGCGCGCGGCACGGGGCAGGAACCCGUCGCGAUUGGCCCGUCCGACGACGAACCGGUCGCGGGCCUCCUCGUGCCCGUGGUGGAUCUGUCGCCACCUGCGCGCAGGCGCGGUCGCGGGCGCUUUGCUUCCCGCUCCUCCCUCCUCGUCGACGCCGCGGCGUCGACGCCUGCCGCCGACCGGGCAAUUUGCAUCCGCGGGACGGCAGCGCCGUGUCGACUCCAUCUUCCUCGGCGGUCAAUGCGGGCGCGGAGAUGAGCGCCGGCGGCGGGGAGGAGGAAGAGGAGGAGGAGGAGGAGGAGGAGGUGUUCUACGAGUCGCGGGACCGCGUGCUCUCCUCCUCCUGCUCCUCCACCUCCGCCUCAGACGAUGACGACAACGACCGCCCGCGACGGCGCCGGGACGGGGCCGCCUCUGCCGCCGCUGCCGCGGCGGCGGCGGCGGCGGCGCUCGACGUGUGGACGUCUGAGCCGGCGCCCGUGCAGGAGCGGCGCCGGAAGCUGCUCCAGAUGAUGGGGCUCGCCGGGGACCCCGCCCUAGCGCGCCUCGAGAUGGGCCGAUCGGUCUCCUACGACGGGCCCGUCCGCCCGGCGCCGGUCUCGCCCAUCUCCCGAUCCAGAUCAGACGGCGCCGUGCCGGUCUCAGGGACCAAGCCCCCGCUGGGCGGGCGGUCGCGCCAGGCGUCGUCUUCGGGCUCCUCCGAGGCCACGCCCGAAGGGGAGGAGACCGACCCGAGGUGCCUAAUCCGGAACCUCGACGACGGCAGCGAGUUCGUGGUCAAGGAGGAGUUCCAGCUCCGCGAGGUCGGCACGGGCCGCCAGCUCACCAUGGAGGAGUUUGUUGACCUCUGCGUCGGCCGCUCGCCUAUCGUCCAGGAGCUCAUGCGACGCGAGAAUGUUGCCAACUCCGGCUCAAACAACGGCUCGUCCACCCCAAUCCAGAGGUCCAACUCCGACUCCAGCAACGGGGCAACGCGUCAACGGCGGCAUAGCAGCUGGCUUCGGAGCAUUCGAAACGUCGUCGGCUCCCGCGACCGCCGCAGCAGCGACGACAAGGACACGUCCUCGGAGAAAGGCGGGCGCCGGUCCAGCUCAGCAACAGAUGACAGCCAGGACAGCGCCGGAGCCGUGCACCAUGGCCCGGUACGCGUUAAGGUGAGGCAGUAUGGGAAGUCGUACAAGGAGCUCAGUGGCCUAUUCAUGAACCAGGAGAUUCAGGCUCACAAUGGGUCCAUCUGGAGCAUCAGGUUUAGUCCAGAUGGCCGGUACCUCGCGAGUGCUGGGGAAGACUGCGUGAUCCAUGUCUGGGAAGUGUCAGAGUUUGAGAGGAAACGCGAGGAAAACGGAGUGUGCAACCCUCUUGUUGCCAUGGUGUGCAAUGGUUCGCCGGAGCCAACAUUAGCGUUGGCCAGCAGUGUGGAUGGGAGCAAUUGUGAGAAGAAGCGUCGGGCAAGGUUCUUGGAGGGUCGUAGUCGUAGGUCUGUGAGCUCAGACCGGCUAAUGGUGCCAGAGCAUGUGUUUGCGCUGUCAGAAAAACCGAUUCGGACCUUCGUGGGGCAUUCAGAAGACGUACUUGAUCUCUGCUGGUCCAAAUCCCAGGUAUUAAGUUGGCAGCUGAAAACAUCUAUUCCAUACCUCUCUAUGCUGUAUACAUAUCGACUCUGUGCUCAUCGACAGUGCAGUGCUUCCAUACGAACUAUGAUUGUGAAGUUGUGGCACAUUUCGAGCGCUUCCUGUAUGAAAACAUUCUCACACAGUGACUAUGUGACAUGCAUCCAGUUCAACCCUGUUGAUGAUAGAUACUUCAUUAGUGGUUCACUGGAUGAAAAAGUCCGCAUAUGGAGCAUUCAAAACCGUGAAAUUGUUGAUUGGAAAGAUUUGCAUGAAAUGGUCACUGCUGUUUGCUAUACCCCAGAUGGACAGAGUGCAAUAAUUGGUUCCAAUAAAGGCAGCUGCCAUAUUUAUGAUACAUCUGAUAAUAAGCUUCUCCGAAAGAAACAAAUUGACCUGCAAAAUAAGAAAAAGAAGUCCAGUCAGAAGAAAAUCACUGGAUUUCAGUUUCUCCCAGGGAGUACUUCAAAGGUCCUUAUUACAUCUGCAGAUUCAAGAAUCAGGGUUGUUGAUGGCCUUAAUCUAGUUCACAAGUACAAAGGUUUCCGAAACACUAACAGCCAGAUUUCAGCCUGUUUAGCUGCAAAUGGGAGGUAUGUGAUCUCAGCAAGUGAGGAUUCCCAUGUGUACAUAUGGAGAAACGAUGAUAACCUUGGACAAGGCAGAAGCAAGGGGAAUGCUACUGUCACCAAUUCCUAUGAACAUUUCCACUGCCAGGAUGUGACGGUUGCUGUUGCACUGCCAUCUAAUGGCUCAGCAAUAGUAUCCAGAGCAAACUCCAUGAAGCGCAACGAGCAGGAUUCUGUAUUGGAGCAUUCUCUGCUGCAUGUUGUCCCUGAAAAACUGCAAGAUUCCUAUGAUCCUCAAAGUGGCAAUAUCCUAAGCACCAGUUCAAAUCACAGCGGUGAUAGAGCAACUUGGCCUGAAGAGCUCAUGACGCCAACAAAGCAGAGCCCUCGUUCUAGUGCCAGUCUUCCCAGUGGCGCUGAUCAAGCUCCAAGCCGGUCAGCCUGGGGAACUGUAAUUGUCACGGCAGGCCGGGGAGGUCAGAUCAGAACAUUUCAGAAUUUUGGGUUUCCUGCUCGAGUAUAGUAACUAUGAGGCUGCUGCCUGGUCUUGGCGUCUGCCCUGCAGCAAGACGGGUGAUUUUUGUGUAUAGAUAGGUGAAAGUUUGGGUGAUUUGCACAGCAGUCUGGGGUUGGAUUUUGUUGCUCCUAGGUGCACCUGCUUGCGAACUUCAACUAACCUACGACCUGGUACUCAAGGUACGGCGAAUUCGUUUGCCCGGAAUUGUAUAUGAGAAUGGAGCCCGGGAAGGACGAGGGGGCGUCGGCCGGUUGGAGCUAGAUCUUUGGGAUCUUUUGCCAGCCAUCUUUUCACCUGUUUUCUCCAUUGAGUCCAGUUUAGCUUUUCAUUUUUACUUUAUGUUUACCCGUUAUUAUAUAUUCUUGUAAGAAAUCUUAGUUCUACAGAAAUAGAAAAGCAAAAAAGAGUUGCAUAGAGUGGUGAAUUCGUUGUACUGGUAUAGCAGGCUUGAGAUGUUAGUGGUACAUGGGUAUAGUAGUAAUUGAUGGACUAGGAAGAUAUGAAAAAAUUUUGAGUCCUGAAGCUUUUGGACCUUGCUUCAGGCUGGCAGGUGCAUUUCUGAUGUGUAUCUGAUGUCCCAACUGUCGGUUGUCCAACAAAUUUCUUAUCCA